AGUCUGGUUGCUUUUUUUGCUCUUUUAUCUGCGCGCUUUGCAUGCAAUUCACAUCAUUUCAAGCACAUUUCUUAGUUUGUUGGAUGGCACACACAUGAUUUUAUUGCAGUUGAGCAUCUAUUUGCGAAAAAGUGGAGCCGGACUCGUGAUACAAACAAAAUCAAAGUUUUGCAGCGCUCGGAAAAAAUAGCAACAUUUAGCAAAUUCAAAAACAACUGAUAAAAAAGCAACACUUUCUUCUGUCAUUCAUCGGAACCUUGAUAAACAAAAAAAACGCUAUUUGAUUAAGUUCAUUUUUCGUGUAUGAAUGAUGAAUAUUUUCAACGAGAUAUUUUUAAUCAAUUCAUUGAAUCAAUUGUAAAUAAGAAAAAAAUACCAUACAGGGAGCUUCUUAUUGAAUAUUGAAGUUCAGCAGGAAAUUCUAAACAAAAAACGUAUCAAGCGACUUAUAUUUGUACUUGAGACUUGGGGAACCUUAUCAGUCAACUGAUUUUUUUUUCGUGGAUCGUGUUCUUAUUUUGAUGAUUUUUUGAGCUAAAUUUUUCAAGAAGAGUUGAUACUUGAGCGCGACCAAAUUUCAUGAUAAUUAAAUAGUAUGUAAACAAAUCUGAAGCGAGCUGGUCGGAUUUAGCUUCCGAAUGAUUAUUCGUGAUUAGUUUGAAAUAUUUUUGAUAUAUAGCAAGAUGCUUGCAUUUUCUAAUAUUCGAGUGUUGUUGUUUAUCAUAUUGAUUGCAGUUUGCUAUGGUCAAUAUAAGGACGGAAUAGAGACUGAGAAACCGUAUAUCGAUUAUCUUACGUUGGAUUAUUUGAGUGUUGAGCAGAGUUUGUGGUCAAGAUUAAAUCAUCUCGGCGACAAAAAUGGACUGUACUCGUUGGUGCAGAGCGAACAUCUCAGAUUCAUCAGCAGUGACUUUGGUGUCACUCCAAAUACCCAAGACUUCGUACCAUCUGGCUAUCUUGCCAAUAAUUUAUCGCUUGUAAAUAUAUUGUUCUAUAACAUGAGCUUGAUAUUGCGCUCUAAUUCUUUCGAUUCACACGAUAUUUACUACGUUCAUGAGAUUUUGGCCAAUUCCAUUGCAUAUUCGGAAAGCAUAUUCCGAGAGGCCAUACGGGCUGAGUUUUGGCAUAAAGGGAAAGACUAUGUUCAACAUUGCCGUCAGUUGGAAUCGUCGCCGAUAACAGUGGAAUCCGAAUUCCAGUUGAUCUACAAUUAUUACAAGGACGUUCGUGCUGCUCUCUUGAAAACAUACAUUUUGACCCAAUUAUCGCACAUGCUAAUAAAUAUCAACAACAAAGGAAAUAAUUUUUCAUCGACGUCGUAUUAUGUGAAGGAUGAGUUGUUCCGUCGUGUCGACUUGAUUAAAAGGAACGUCAAGAAUUUGUUAAAAAUAGCAAAACGCGACUCAUGGGUUUGCGAUCGCUUCCCGUAUUUACAUGCUGACGGUUAUACACAAGUUAUAAAAUUCCUACAAGGCUACAUAGAUAACGAAUUGAAUUUAAACCAAGAGGAUACUUGCCAAAAUAAUUGCGAAGACUUCACAAGUACACGACAUGUGCGAUGCGCAGACAAAACUCUGUGCACACAAAAUCGUAACGAUGAGCUGGUGGUGUGCAACGGUAAAAUUCGCGAUUGUACAGAAAUCCCUAGCGAAGAGGUCGAAGUUUGCUUUGCAGAAAAUACACUGAAGAGAUACCAUUACCUCAAGUAUAGUGAUGGAAACGUGCAUGGCAGCAAACCAGCAACGGAAUGUUCGUCCAUAAAUCAUGCUAAGUCAUGGCGACGUUGGUUUGUUAAGUGUAGCAGUUGCUAUUGCCUCUGUGAUGAUACGAAAGAUUCAGAACGACAUUUUAGCUUGCAUGAAGUGGUAUCUGAUAUCGAACAAAAUAAGGUUAUCACGGGAGUUCGUUUUGUUAAAGAAAACGGAGUGAUUCAAUUGUCUAUCUCGCAACGAACUCUUCUGCCGUUCGGUCAAACCGAAGAGUCAGAGCAAGACACAUGGAAGCUGGCAGAUUAUCAAUUUGCGGCAACAGAUCAUAGCGCCAUCGAUGGAGUGGAUUAUUUCACAUUGACCUAUGAAAAUCGGUCGAUAAAUCUGGACGAUUUGGUAGUGCCGCAAGGAAAAUUGGUGACCGGCAUUCGAUUUUUCAAUCUAAAUGGACAUUUAGCUUUGCAGAUAAGAGCAACUGAUUUCGAUUACUUUAGCGGUCGUUUGGAGAACAUCACCCACACUCCUUGGGUCAUGAGUGAAUACGGUGGCCAAACGGAGAUUGAAAUCGCAAAGAAAGCCAAUUCCCUGGUUAGCGUUGUUAGCGGUUUGUAUAUUCCCGACACUACUAUCAAUGCAUUCGUUCGCUUCGGGCCCAGUGACAUUCAAUUCGACGUUGGACAGUCGACAGUACCACUGAUUGAUACGAUGCCAAUCGAAUCGCGGAACCCAGUUGCACUCGGCGGUAUUGGACUUGCCUACAAAAAGAACGAAGAGUCUGGCGGUUUUAUUGGAUUGAAAACGAUCACCUACGAUUUUGCUAUAGCCGAUGUAACCAUCGACGAAGAGUACGAUUACAUUGAUUGAAAAUUAAAUUAGAUAAUUACAUUAUUAUAGCAUGUAUCCAAUAUUGAAUUGAUUGGCAAAUUAAUAGAUGAAGAUACAUUUGUACAAAUAAAUCACUUGUCCAAUUGAA